ACGCUUCUCAAUCAAAAAAUACCGCCAAAAUGCCUGGUGUCACCGUCCGCGAUGUCCAGGCGAACAAGUUCAUCGACGCCUACGCUGCGUUCUUGAAGAGGCAGGGAAAGCUUCCCAUCCCAGGAUGGGUUGACACCGUGAAGACCUCCAACGCCAAGGAGCUCCCUCCUCAGUCGAUUGACUGGUACUACGUCCGCGCUGCCGCCGUCGCUCGUCACAUCUACCUCCGCAAGACCGUCGGUGUUGGCCGCCUACGGAAGGUUCACGGCUCGCAGAAGAACCGUGGCAGCCGGCCCAGCCACCACGUCAACGCCUCCGGUGGCGUUGACCGUAACGUUAUGCAGUCGCUUGAGAAGAUUAACGUCCUGGAGCAGGACGAGGAGAAGGGCGGUCGUCGCAUCUCCCAGAGCGGUCAGCGAGACUUGGACCGUAUCGCCCAGACCACCCUCGAGGCCGAGGAGGAGGACGAGGAGUAAAUCUAAAAUUUGGCGAAACGGAAAAAGUGUCUCGAAUCGCGCGCUCGGGUCCGCUCGGGGGAAGGUAAGACGGAAUGGGUCGGGGUUGUGCAUAUUGCAUUGACAGAGGGACCGGG